CAACCUGCUAAUGUUAAAUAUUUUUUGUCAGUUAAAGGUAGCACAGCUCAAAGGUUCCAAUCGACUCAAUAUCUUUGAGCAGGACAUUUAAGAGACAACAUGAGUAUUAUAUAUUUUGUUACUGUAUUCACAUUUCUACUUUGCUUCUCAUUGAUUGAAAUAAAAUGUGAACAAAUGAAUGGCAGAAAGCCAGCCUGCCCACAGAUUAGUUUAUUUGGAGCUUGUCCAUUCAUCCUCCUGCCAGUGUGUGGCACUGACGGAAUUACCUAUAAUAAUGAAUGUCUACUCUGCAUUGCAAGACAUGAAACUAAGAAAAACAUCUUAAUUCAAAAAUACGGUUCAUGCUGAUGGAUAAAAAAUGAUUUCUACACUUCAUACUCAAAGGAUUUCUGCACUUUGUCCACUUCUCUGCUUAAACAUACAGAAAUCUCUGUUGCCUGGAUUUUGUUGAUUUACUUGAAAUAACAGCUCUUUCAGAAUGGUGCUGACUGGUUUAAAACAUGUUGCCUACUUUUGUCAUAUCAUGGUAGAUGCCUAUAUGUA